AUGUCGAGCUCUUCUGACUACGAUAAGACAGAUAUUCCAUCGGACAUUUCCUCGAGCACACAGACAUUGCAGUCCCAUGGAUGGCCCUAUUUACGACUUCCCAACAUCUCCACACAAUCCAGGGCCGCCCAAUUAAUUGCAACUGCGCUGGCGGCUGUGUGUAACGAUGACAUUCAUAUUGAGGGUUAUCUCCCGGAGCCGUGUGGUGAACUCUGGGAUGGUAAUGAUCUUGCGAUCCUGCGCAUGGUUGCAACACAAAUUGAUAAGGGCCUUUUUGAUGUCGAAACUCAGUUGAAGUGGAAGGUCCCGCACACGUAUAGAGAUGGGACGAACUGGAUACAACAGGUUGUCAUUCCGGCGCUGGCAAGUUACUCCAAAGCAACAAAGGAGAAAACAUUGCUCGCGUUGAAGGAUGGCGAGAAUGCUGAUGACGUGCUGGCGCACUUGGAUGAUGACCGUGCAUAUUUGAUGUGCUUUUUAGGUGUUGUUGGUGUCGAUACGUUGAGAUCCUGUUGUCCACCAUAUCAUGAUGUGUCGUCGCAUCUCGUGCUGCAGUCCCAGCUGUACCUCGCGCUCAUCGCACACCUGUUCUGCUGCAAUGAUGUGACGUUCAAGCAAUCUGGUGCAGAUUACUUUUGCCUUCUGCCGCACCAUCAAUGCUGGUUCGGAACUUUCGUAGCCAGGAUGUUCCGUAAAUUCCGCCCACCACCAGCCCUGACUGGUACUAUGAGUCUUCUUCUUGCCGAUAGCAGCCACGAGACACUUCCAAGUUCCAACGAAGGAGAACGAGUAAAACAAGCAAGUGCUGCAUUCCACGCUGAGAGCCACGAAACUUGA